AUGCUCGCCUACAAACUCUCUGUUUGUUGUUCCAACCAGAGACCAACCAGACACCAACCAGAGACCAACCAGACACCAACCAGACACCAACCAGACUUCAACCAGACACCAACAAGACACCAACCAGACACCAACCAGACACCAACCAGACACCAACCAGACUCAACAAGACUCCAACCAGACACCAACAAGAAACCAUCAAGAAACCAACUAGACACCAACAAGACACCAACCAGACACCAACCAGACUCCAACCAGACACCAACCAGACUCCAACCAGACACCAACAAGACACCAACCAGACUCCAACCAGACACCAACCAGACACCAACCAGACUCCAACCAGACACCAACAAGACACCAACCAGACUCCAACCAGACACCAACAAGACACCAACCAGACUCCAACCAGACACCAACCAGACUCCAACCAGACUCCAACCAGACACCAACCAGACACCAACAAGACACCAACCAGACACCAACAAGACACCAACAAGACACCAACAAGACACCAACCAGACUCCAACCAGACACCAACCAGACUCCAACCAGACUCCAACCAGACACCAACCAGACACCAACCAGACUUCAACCAGACACCAACCAGACACCAACAAGACUCCAACCAGAGACCAACCAGACACCAACCAGACUCCAACCAGACAACAACCAGACACCAACCAGACACCAACCAGACACCAACAAGAAACCAUCAAGAAACCAACUAGACACCAACAAGACACCAACCAGACACCUACCAGACUCCAACCAAACACCAACCAGACUCCAACCAGACACCAACCAGACACCAACCAGACUCCAACCAGACACCAACAAGACACCAACCAGACUCCAACCAGACACCAACAAGACACCAACAAGACACCAACAAGACACCAACCAGACUCCAACCAGACACCAACCAGACUCCAACCAGACUCCAACCAGACACCAACCAGACACCAACCAGACUCCAACCAGACACCAACAAGACACCAACCAGACUCCAACCAGACACCAACAAGACACCAACAAGACACCAACAAGACACCAACCAGACUCCAACCAGACACCAACCAGACACCAACAAGACACCAACCAGACUCCAACCAGACACCAACAAGACACCAACAAGACACCAACAAGACACCAACCAGACUCCAACCAGACACCAACCAGACACCAACAAGACACCAACCAGACUCCAGACACCUAAAAUCACACUUUAAAAGUGUCUGCUAA